GAGCGAGUGCGGAAAAGUUAUAUUUAUCGGUUCCCGUAACUUUCCCGUGCACUUAAAAUCAAGGAGAUCGAAGCGCGGUUUCAAGCUCUUCGGCGUCUUCGCCAACUCACGAUCUUCUUUUUCGGCAGUGAAGAGUGGUUUUCCGAGGAGGUGCUGGGGAAAAGAGUUGGAGUCUCCGAUCUGAAAGGCGGUUUUCCGACGGGAAUGAGGGGUUUCCGUUGAGUCGUUUUCUCGCGGGAAGAUGGUGAGGAGGAAGGCAGUGUUGGUGUUGCUGUGCCUCACAGUCCUCGCGCCCAUCGUUCUCUACACCGAUCGGCUUUCGUCUUUCUCCAAUUCCAUCUCAAAUGACGAUUUUAUCGAUAACGUCUCUAAUUUGAGUGUUGGGAAGGAGUUGGGGAAACUAAACGUGCUUCCUCAGGAGUCGACCAAUGCUGUGAAAGAGCCGAUUGGGAUCGUUUAUCUCGAUAAUUCGAGGAAAUCCCAUCAGGUUUUAGUUCAAUCCAGCGAUGGCUCCGCGGCAUUAGAGUCUCAAGAAAUGCCACUAAGGAAGUCUGCAGAGCAUAAGAGCAGGAUGCUGUCGGCCACAUAUAAGGGGAGUCUUUCAGAAAAGGAGGGCGUGAUUGAGCAAGUUGUCGAUAGGAAGAUUGGUAAGGAUGAUUCGGAGAAGUCCAAUGCAGAGGAAGAGAACAAGGAAAUGGGAUCCCAGCAGACCGAGCUUAAUACUACUCCAGCAAAAAAGGAAAAUGAGUCUGAAAAGCAUUCUGAAGAAACGACCCUUAAGGUUGAUCUAGAAAAACUUCAGACAGCACCAAAAUAUAGAAACCGUAGUAGCACUGUUAUAUCUGAUGCUAGAGUCCGGCAGCUCAAGGAUCAGUUGAUCAGAGCAAAGGUCUACCUUGGCCUUCAAGCAAUCAGGACCAAUCCUCACUACAUCAGGGAGCUACGCUUGCGCAUAAGAGAAGUUCAGCGAGCACUUGGUGAUGCAACCAAGGAUACAGACCUACCAAGGAAGGCCAACGACAAACUGAAGGCAAUGGAACAGACUUUGGCUAAGGGCAAGCAAAUUCAGGAUAACUGUGCUGCUGUCAUAAAAAAGCUACGUGCCAUGCUUCACUCGACAGAGGAACAGUUACGAGUUAAUAAGAAGCAGACUGUGUUUUUAACCCAACUUGCAGCUAAAACCCUCCCUAAAGGACUCCACUGCCUUCCCUUGAGGCUCUCCACUGAAUACUUCUCCUUGAAUCCCAGCCAACAGCAAUUUCCAAAUCAAGAAAAACUUGAAGAUCCUAAGCUCUAUCACUAUGCAUUAUUUUCAGAUAACAUAUUGGCAGCAGCAGUCGUUGUGAACUCGACUAUUUCCAAUGCUAAGCACCCGUCCAAUCAUGUUUUCCACAUAGUUACUGACAGGGUCAACUAUGCAGCGAUGAGGAUGUGGUUUUUGGCUAAUCCACCUGGAAAAGCUAUCAUCCAAGUUCAGAACAUUGAAGAAUUUACAUGGCUAAAUGCUAGCUACAGUCCAGUACUCAAGCAGCUUGGAUCGCAGUCAAUAAUCAACUAUUAUUUUAGGUCUCAUCAUGUGAACUCUGAGACAAACUUGAAGUUCCGAAACCCAAAAUACCUUUCAAUCCUGAAUCAUCUGCGAUUUUACCUACCUGAGAUGUUCCCAAAGCUCAAUAAGCUGGUGUUUUUAGAUGAUGAUAUUGUGGUACAAAAGGACCUGACCGGCCUUUGGACGAUCAAUCUCAAAGGAAAGGUUAAUGGUGCAGUUGAAACUUGCAGAGGAAGCUUCCAUCGCUUUGAUAGGUAUUUGAACUUUUCGAACCCUCUCAUUGCCAAAAAUUUUGACCCUCAUGCCUGUGGCUGGGCCUAUGGAAUGAAUGUGUUUGAUUUGGCUGAGUGGAGGAAGCAAAAUAUAACAGAGCUCUAUCACUCCUGGCAGAAGCUGAACCAUGACAGGCUGCUGUGGAAGCUGGGUACCCUGCCGCCUGGUUUAAUAACAUUUUGGAAGCGUACAUUCCCCCUUGAUCAAUCAUGGCAUGUGCUUGGCCUGGGGUAUAACCCACAUGUGGAUCAGAAGGAAAUCGAGCAGGCAGCAGUGAUACACUACAACGGAAACAUGAAGCCCUGGCUGGAGAUUGGCAUGCUCAAGUAUCGCAACUACUGGUCUAAAUACAUAAACUAUGAUCAAGUUUUUCUACAGGACUGCAACAUCAAUCCGUAGAGAGCCAGUGGGUACUUUGAUAUCUUUUUCACCAUUAGAUAUUCUUUUGAAGUUCCUUGUUCUUUUCCCUGUUACCUAUUCAGUGGAAUUGAAUUGACUAGUUUGAUUUUUUUAGUGCUUUAUUGCCAUAAGAUUUGCUGUGGCAGUUUUCACGAUCCCAUCUGCACAACUGCAGUUAUAUUGUAUAUAUUUCAGAACUGAAAUCCAGGGGCGCCGAGCUCUACAAUGCAGGUUAUUUAUGUUCUUGAUAUCUUGUAAUAUUAUGCCCGUGAUUUUUAUAGCAUGCUUUAUUUUCCUC